AUGGCUGCUAGGCGCUUGUUUGCGCAAGCACUGGGAAAGGCCCUGAGCAAGAAGGAUGGCCCAGACGAGGAGGGCGCUGAUUCGGCCAAAGCCAGUUUGGCGCCAGCCGUGAAGCUGGUGCCGCGGCCAGGCUUGCCUCGGUCCAAGGUGCAGUUGACGCCUCCAUCCCAACCUCAGGCGGCGCCGGCGCUGCCGCGCAUGCGGGAGUUGAGGGAGCCCAACCAGUCCACCAUCCGAUUGCAGGAGAGAAGGCCUGCGAAUGCAUCCAUGGGUCGACGCAUUCAUGUGGUGCGACGGCGGCAAGCCAGCGAGGAAUCGCCGGAGGAGUCAGUCUUGGAGGACCUGCCAGAGGAGGAAUCUCUGGAGGAGGAAGCCGCCGGAGACCCGGACUUCGACUUUGAGGAGCCCCCAAGGCACGAGAUGGAGAUCGACAGUGAGGACUUGGGAAGUCCUGCCCCCGAUCCAAUCCGCAGGCACCAGCCUGGAGUCGCCGAACCAAGGCGGAGAUCUCCCAUCACGGCCUCUCCAAGAUCCAAGGCGGCUCCGGCGCCCAAGCACACAAAGCCUCUGCCACAGAGGUAUGAGUGUCGCGCAGACUCUGACAGUGAGGAGUCUGAGGACGCCUCAGACAGGUCGGAAAGUGAAGCAGAGGAAGAUGGUGAAGAGGAUGACGAUUCGGAGGAGGAGUCGUCAGAUGCGGCGAAGGCUGCCAAGAGCAAAAAGGCCCUGCAGCGAAAGGAGGAGGAGGAGAAGAGAUUGAAGGCGGCUGCAGAGGCAAAGAAACGCGAAGCGAAGUUGGUGGAGGAGCGAAAGCAAGCGAAGAAGAAGGAAGCUGUCAAUGCUCAGAAAGAGGAGAAGCCCAAGAGCGUUCAGAAGCCCAAGGAGAAGGCUCCGGUAAAGUCAAAGCCGGAGGAGAAGCGAAAGAAAGGCGAUGAGAAAGAGGAGCUGAAAAGCGAAAAGGAAAAGAAGCAGAAAGAGGAGGAGAAAAGAAGAGAGAAAGAACUUGAAGAGAAAAAGAAAAAGGAGAAGAAGAAGGAGGAGGAAAGGAAGCGAAAAGAGGAGGAAGAGAAAAAACGUAAGGAAGAGGAGAAGAAAAAGAAGGAAGCCGAGAAGCAAAAGAAGGAAGAGGAAAAGAAGAAAAAGGAAAAGGAGGAGGAAAGAAGGAAGCAACGAGAAGAAGAAAAAAAGAAGGAGAAAGAACGUGAGGAGGCGAAGAAAAGGGAAAAGGAGAGAGAGGAGGAGAGGCAAAGAGAGAAGGCAAGGGAGGAGGAGAAAAGACGAGAAAAGGAAAGAGAAGAAGAGAAGAGGAAAGAGAAAGAACGAGAAGAAGCAAAAAAAGAGAAAGAGCGAGAAGAGAAAAGGAAAGAGAAGGAACGCGCGGAGAGAAAGGAGAAAGAACGAGAAGAGGAGCGAAGAAAGGAGAGGGAACGCGAGGAAGACAGGAAACGUGAGAAGGAACGUGAGAAGGAACGUGAGGAUGCCCGAAGACGAGAGAAGGAGCGGGAAGAGGAGAGGAAGCGCGAGAGAGACCGAGAUGACAGGAGAAGAGACAAGGACAGAGAUGAUGACCGGCGGCGGGAAGAUGAACGAAGGAGAGACAGGGAGCGCGACAAGGAGCGUGAAAGGCAGCGAGAGAAGGAGCGGAAGAAAUCUCGUGAGCGGUCACGGGGUCGCGAGCGGUCUCGAGACAAGUCCCGCGUUCGAAACCGAUCGCGAGACAAGUCCCGUGGAAGAGAGCGAUCAAGAGAGAAAUCUCGAGGGGCAAGAGACAGAUCUCGGGGUAGAGACAAGUCUCGGGGUCGAGAACGAUCCAGAGAAAAGUCUAGAGGUAGAAAUCGAUCCCGAUCACGUGAAAGACGUGAUCGGAAUGAUCGCUCAAGAGAAAGGGGCACAGUCGCCAAGGAGAACGGCUCUCGUCGAGAGCGAGAGACCCCAGCGCUUCCUCGGCAAGACCCGCCCCCGGGGGGCCCGGGGCCCCCGGGGCCCCCGCCGCCGGACGCAGAGAGUCAAUUUCCUCCACCACUGCCAACCUCAAGCCGCCUGAGGCCGCAGGGCCGGGCAAAACGGAUAACUCCACCUUGA